AUGCCUCGCAACAAGUCCUCUCCCGCCGACGCCGAGCUAGACUUCGAGGCUUUCGAUCUCGAGGGCACGGGCGAGAAGGUGAGCGACAAGGAGAUCGCCUCCGUCCUCAAGUCGGUGCUGGGCGGGGCUCCGGCGCCCGCACCCAAGAGGAAGCCGCAGCAGGCUGCGCCGCUGCCUUCGAGGCAGCCACAGCAGGCGCCUCAGGCCAAGCCGCAGGCGCAUCAGGGCAAGGCCCGGCCCACGGACAAGCUGUCGGAGCGCGCACGGGAGUACGAGACGGCGGCGGUUCAUGCAACCCAGAGCGGCGAGACCGAGAUGGCGAUGCUCUGGCUUCAGCGUGGCAAAGCGCUCCAGGCGGCGGCGGAGGCCCUCCUGUCGCAGUAUCCGCACCCAACGGCGGCGGCGGCCGAUGCGGGCGGGCCGUCGUCGUCGGCGGGUCCUGCGCCGCCGGCGGCGACGCCGGACGACCCUAUUGACGCGGCCGAGGCGUACGCGCGCACCAUCGUCUCGCAGCGAGUGCUCGACUGGGAGGUUGGCCUCGCCUCGGCACAGUCGCAGGAGGAGGCGGAGGGCGCCGAGGUGCGAAUCGAGGCGCUCGAGACGCGCAGGGCGGUCCUCCUGGCCGAGGAGAGCGCGCUCGCGCCCGAGGCGCUCGUCGCGAGGCUGCAGGUGGCCAUCGUCGCGGAGAAGAAGGCGGCGCUGGCACACAAGGCAGCGGCGAGGACGCCCGAUGCGAUCCACGCCCUGCGCCGAGCAAAGCUGAUGACGGAGGAGGUGGAGGCGCUCGGGUGA